CUUAAACACGACAUUGCCCUCAAUGGAGUAGAGGGAGAGAUAAGGGGAACGAUGUUACCGGAUUGGAACUGCUGGGGGACUGGAAGUGGACCAGUCAGCGAGAAACAAACGGGAAGAUGGACAGUUCUGCACGAAUCGAACACCAAGAACACACUAGCACACGUUGUGUUAGGGAUAAGUGUUAGCCCAGACGGCUACAUCAAAACAAUCCACAAAAGAAAAAAAAAACAAAAACAAAAGACACUAAGUUCAAGCUCCUCAACACAUGGAGCAAACAGAAAAAAGUCUCAAACAAAAAUAAAAACACGCACUGAGGGGGCGACAAGUACAGCCUACUCAUCGCCGAGGUUGUCCAGAUCGAUGUCGCCGUGUCGGCCGAGUUUACAGCCCGUGGCUAGGCCACACUGUCGGAUUCACACAGCCGUGCGAGGUGCACUUUUGCCCGUGUCGGCCGACACGGGCUGGCCGAGGAAUUCCACACGGCCGUGCGAGUUGCACUUUUGGCCGUGUGGCUUUUUACGAUAGCUCACACGGCCAGGGGAGAUUUUGCACACGGCCGUGUCACCAGCACAACUGGCCGUGCGGAAUUUGUCGAGAGCUUACACGGCCAAACCUAUUUUCUACACGGCCGUGUGGGCUGCCAGAACUUCGAAUGUGACCUGUUUUCACUCCAGAACGACAUACAACUCGUGAACAACCCCUCAAGACUAAAAAAAAACACAAAAAUCAAAAGGAAAAAGGUAAGAGAAUGAAAACCUAGGUGGGGUUGCCUCCCCACAAGCGCUUCUUUACCGUCUUUUAGCUGGACGCCAGUCGGUGGAUGCUCAGUGAGGUGAAGGAGCAGGUGCCUUCAAGAGCGGAUCCACCUCGCUCUUGAGGUACAGCUUCAAAUGGUGGCCAUGCACACGCCGAAUGUGGCCACCAGCAUUUGCCAACUCAACUUGCCAUCCGACAGGAUGCAAGCGAGUGAAUACUCGGAUGGCCAAGGUGGGGGCGGGACCAGCUCAUGGUGGUCUCCGGCUUUCUUUCAAGCAGGCUUAGCUGCCUGCUGUUUCGGUUGCCACUCCUCCUUGAUCUGUUCCUUCAAUGACAGAGUGGACGGGAGUGGCGGCGAAGGUAUGGGAGGCGGAUCCUGCAAAAUAGGAAACGCAGAAGGAUACACGACAGACUCGUGCUCCCGGUGAGACACAGCAUGCAAAGGCGAAGAAGCAGGAGGAGUAUUAGAAAUUGAAAACGUUAUUGGCUCCUCACCAUCCCUCAAAACUAAGGUCCCAUCAUGCACAUCUAUGAGGGCCUAGGCGGUGGCCAGGAAAGGCCUUCCCAAUAUCAAUGGCACAUCCACAUCCUCAUUUAUGUCCAAAAUCACAAAAUCAACAGGAUAAUUGAAU